UGCACCGUCGCAACGCACCACACAGCCACAAUGGUGAAUACAUCGCUCAAGCGCAGGCGGACUGAGGCGGAGAUGAGGAAGGGGCAACCGAAGAAGGAGAAAAAGAAGGUCAAGCGCCAGAAGUACUACCACAGUUCGGACGACGAGUCUGGCGAUGAGAACGUCGCCACCGAUGCGCCAAAGAACUACAAGGCGCCGAGACAGGAAGAGGCGGAAGAGCCGUUCGAGCCGUCGGGCGCAAAUGCUGUCGAACCCAAGCCCAAGCCGCUGAAGUCGGUGCUGAAGCCGCAGCCCAAACACAAAAUGAGCAUUCCUGCCAAGGCUGCGCCAGCCGACCCAGCACACGAUGCGUCACCGAGCGAGGACGAUCUUGCCGGAGACGACGACGACGAAGAGGAGGAGGAAGAGGAAGACGAGGACGGCUCGGAGCUCGAGGUGGAAGCAGACGAGUUCGAUAUUGAAGACUCGGACUCGGACGCCUCAGAGACAUCAACCGCGGCAGCCCGCAAAGUCAAGAAGCGCAACGACCCCGACGCCUUUGCGACGUCCAUCUCGCGAAUCCUAAACACCAAGCUGACGUCCACAAAACGCUCCGAGCCCAUCCUCGCCCGGUCCAAGGACGCACAGACGGCGAACAGGGAGCUUGCAGACAGCAAGCUGAACGAAAAGGCGAGGCGGCAGAUCGUGGCCGAGAAGCGGGCGUUGCGCGAAAAAGGGCGUGUCAAGGAUGUGCUGGGGCUGAAUGACACAGUCGUCAGCACGGCCGAAGUCACAGCAAAGGAGAAGGAGCUUAGGCGGACAGCACAGAAGGGUGUGAUCAAGCUGUUCAAUGCAGUGCGUGCAGCCCAGGUCAAGGGUGAGAUGGCCGAGCAGCAGGCCAAGGAGCAGAACACGGUGGGCAUUGCAAAGCGUGAGGAGCAGGUCAAGGAAAUGAGCAAGCAAGGAUUCUUGGACAUGAUCACGGGCGGGCAAACGGCCAAGGAAGGGUCUCUUGACAACCAGGCCGUCCAGGUCCUUGCUCAUCUUGACCUGGCAGCCCAGGCGCGAGGUCUCGGUCAGGCCAAAGGCCAGGUCCAGCAUGUCGUUCUCGUCGUCGUCGGGCUCCGCCAUGGCGUCGUACUUGGCCUCGUCCUCGACGAUAACGUGGCAGGUCGAGCAGGCACAGGAGCCACCACAUGCGCCCUCCAUGUCGAGGUCGUUGGCCUGGGCAAUGUCGAGCAGGUUGUCGCCCUCGGAGACUUCGAAGGUGUACGACUGGCCGUCUUUGUCGACGAAGGUGACGUGCAGCCUAGCUUGCCGUCAGUGCAUGGAUGGAUGGGGGCGUGGGCAGGCGGGCGGGCGUGCUCACUCUUCGCCGGGCUUGGUGCUGGUGCUGGCGGUGCUGCCCGCGCGGCGGCGCCCUCGUUCGGCAGCCAGGCGCGCGACAUGCUGUCGGACCUCGAUUACGACCGCUACUUUCCGGGCGCAUCACCGACGGUGGCCGAGCACGCAAAGCAGCUGCUGGACCAGGCGCUGUGGAACUACACGAGUGUGCUGCUGGCCCAGCCCUUCGAGGUGGCCAAGACGCUGCUGCAGGUGCACGAGGCCCGCGGCCACCUCGCCCCAGGCCUGAACCCUGGCGAGCUCCCGCCACGGCGACGGCGCGUCCGACGGCGACGAGUCGGACGACGACGCCGGCUACUUCACCUCGACCGCCCCGGCCUCCCACCGCCUGCACCCGCACUCACGCCCGCACGCCUCGCGCUCGCCGUCGCCGCGCAAGACCCAGCGCACCCUGCACAGCCGCUCGCCGUCGCGCUCGCGCUCGCGCUCCGUCACGCCCACGCGCCCGCCGCCGCCGCCUGCCCGCAAGCUCGACCUGAAACGCCCCGAUGCUCUGCUCGACGUCAUCGCCCAGCUGGCACCAACUGCACCUUCAUCUACAACUUCCUGCUGCGCACCACCGAGAGCUGGUUCCGCAGCGCCCUGUCCGCCGUGCUCAACAUCCCCGACCCGGGUGCCGUGGGCGCGGCCGCCAGCGGCACCGGCGGGCUCGACAUCAUCGACAGCCCCUCGCCGCUCAUGUCUCUCGCCGUUGCCGUCGCUGCCACCGCCAUCGCCGCCACCGUCCUCGCGCCCCUCGACCUGAUCCGCACCCGUCUGAUCGUCACCCCAAUCUCCUCGGCGCCCCGCUCCAUCUACCCGUGUCUGUCGCUCCUGCCCUCGAUAUCCAUCUCCUCGAACCUGCUGCCCGCCACCCUGCUCAACGCCUGCAUCCCCACCCUCAUCUCCUCCUCGACCCCGCUCGUCCUCCGCUCCACCUUCUCCAUCGACCCCAUCAUCACUCCGACCACCUACUCCUUCAGUACCUUUCUCUCCUCCACCGCCGAGCUCUUCGUCCGCCUGCCUCUCGAGACCGUUCUGCGUCGCGGCCAAGUCGCCGUGCUCCAGGACAACGAGAACCGUCGCCUCGCUGCCGAAUACCGCCAGGAACCCCAGCGCGCCUCUGCCUCCAACUCGUACUUCAGUGGCUACGAGAGCCAGUACUCUGAGCCCGUCCUAAAGAAGCCUGUCGAGGACUCCAGUCUGAGGAGAUUCCACACCAUUGUCGACCCUGGGCCGUAUAGAGGCGUACUGGGCACCAUUUGGUAUGUCAUGCGCGAGGAGGGCAUCACCACAGUCGGCCCGACCGCCUCCAAGGCCGCAAGCGCUCAGAAAUUGGGUUUCCAGCGCCCCAUCCGGACCCGGAAGGGGCAGGGUGUGCAUGGUUUGUGGCGAGGGUGGAGAGUAGGCGUGUGGGGCCUGAUUGGUAUUUGGGGUGCUGCUGCCAUGGGUGGUGGUGGCGGCGAGUUCUAG